AUUAAAAGAUAUUAAGAAACAAGAGAAUGAAUACAAGCUCUGAAUUGCCUUCUUCUUCCACCGGUGAUAGAGACGGCGACAUAGCCAAGCCGUCUUCAAACGGAUCACAAAGAGAUGUGAUGCCACUCGUGUUGCUCUUCAUCACCGUGACAAUUUCUUGUAUAUUGGUCUAUAAUUCUUCUAAUAAUCCUCUAAUGGUUUUGUCUCCAUGGAAGAUCAACUGGUUUUCACAAAACCAAACUUCCUUCAAAACGAGAGAACCAGCUUCAGAACUUGAAAGAGUAUUGAUGAACGCGGCAAUGGAGGACAAGACGGUGAUUAUAACAGCAUUAAACGAGGCAUGGGUGGCUCCAAACUCCAUGUUCGACUUGUUUCUUGAGAGUUUCCAUAUCGGAAUCGGGACAGAAAAGUAUCUCAAACAUGUGAUUGGGGUUUGCGUGGACAACAAGGCAUAUGAACGGUGUUUGCAUCUUCAUCCUCAUUGCUACUUGAUCAACGCCACCGAUUAUGACCAACUCUCUGGUCCGAACAACUACAUGACUCCCGGCUACUUGAAACUCGUUUGGAGGCGAAUGGAGUUUCUAAGGGAAGUUCUUGCCCUAGGUUACAACUUCCUCUUCACAGAUGCCGAUAUCUUGUGGUUUCGCGAUCCAUUUCCUCGAUUCUUUCCAGACGUAGAUUUUCAGAUCGCGUGCGACCAUUACAAGGGAAACUCCUCAAGUAAGAGCAACUGGGUGAACUCCGGAUUCACAUACGUCAAGGCCAACAACAAAACCAUUAAGUUCUAUGAGUUUUGGUGUGGUUCGAGGUGGAGAUUCCGUGGUAGAGGAAAGCACGACCAAGAAGUGUUCAACCUCAUAAAAAGAGAUCCUUUUGUUGAUCAAAUCGGAAUCAAAAUGAGGUUUCUGGACACUCUUCAUAUCGGAACUUUUUGCGAGCCGAGCAAAGACGUCAAUGUAGUCAAUACAAUGCAUGCCGAUUGUUGUAAGGGUUUAAACAACAAAGUUAGCUAUCUGAACGCGGUUCUCCGCGAUUGGAAGCAAUAUUUGUCUGAGAGUUUUUUGGGGAAUACGAAGAAGGCAGAGGCUAGAUGGAGACGUCGUCAUAGGUGUGGUCUUAGAGUGAGGUAGUAGCGACACGGUGUUCCACAUAUGUUAUAUUUAUACGAAAUUUGUUAAUAUAAGUAAAAGGAUUAGUAGAAAUAUAUAUAUCGGAUAUGGAUUAAAGAUAUGUUUAUGAUUGGUUAAGUAAAAGUACUGAAACUGGAGGAAAAAAAAAACAAACUGGAGAAAAUAUAUUUGAAAGUUUAGAGAAUUUAUAGCCAAGUUACUUUGAUUACGAAAGAGCUCUUAGAAACUUAUAAUAAUAAAAAGGCUAUUAUUGUUUUGGUUUA